UGGAAGAGACCCAUUUGCCUAUGCUGAAGAAUGGCCAAAUCGAAGAAAACGUUCUCCCUAUAGUAAGGGCGUUAAAAAAGAGAUGGUUCAUUUUGAUUAUGUACAUUAUAUACGCUACCAUCAGCACUUUUCAGUGGGUUGAAUAUUCAAUAAUUACCAAUAUAGUGAUGCGGUAUUACAAUGUUAGUGCUAGUGCCGUGGAAUGGACUGCAGUGGUGUUCAUGGUCAUGUGGCCCAUACUGGUGUUCCCAGCUUCAUUUGUUAUCGACAAAAUGGGGUUAAGGGUAGCAGCGCUGAUAGGAUGUCUAGCAACUGCCAUAGGCGCUGGAGUCAAGGUUUUUUCUGUUGGGCAAAAUUUAUUUUACGUCGUUAUGAUUGGCCAAACGGUUAUUGCAGUAUCACAAAUUUUUAUUCUCAGCUUGCCUCCAAAAAUAGCUGUCACUUGGUUCAAGGCAAAUGAGGUGUCUACAGUUUGCUCUUUGGGAAUUUUUGGGAUGCAAUUCGGUAGUGCUCUGGGAUUUCUGCUUCCUCCAAUGAUUGUUAGAAAUCACGAAAAUGUUGACGACAUUGGCACAGACUUGUACAAGAUGUGUUGGGGUUUGACAGCUGUUAUAACUCCAGUGGCUUUCCUAGUCUUUUUCUUUUUCCAAGAGAGGCCCAAAUAUUCUCCAAGUCAAACUCAGAUUGAGAAAAGGGACAAUAAAGAGGAAGUUACGUUGUCAGUAUUUUUUUCCUCACUCAGAACUUUGAUAAAAAAUAAAUCUUUCCUCAUCCACACGACAUCGUACGGUUUCUGUUAUGGAGUAUUUUCCGCCGUUGGGACUUUACUUAAUCAAUUCAUCCUGAACUAUUUUGAGGGAGCCGAAAAGGAUGCUGGAAGGAUGGGUCUAGUAAUGAUAAUAAUAGGAAUAGCGGGAUCUAUCCUGACAGGAUUUAUUUUGGAUAAAACUCACAAAUUUAAGGAAAGUUGCUUCGUUAUAUUUUUACUGUGCGCCAUCAGUUCUGGAGGUCUGUUAUUUUCACUUGAACUGAGAUCAAAAUGGCUGGUUUAUCUGGCUAUAAGUGUUUUUGGAUUUUUUCUGAAUGCGUACAUGCCCGCUGGGAUAGAAUUUGCCACAGAAUUAACCUUCCCAAGUGCCGAAAGCACCGUUGCUGGUAUCUUACUGGCCACCUCUCAGAUUUUGGCUGUGAUGUUCACUCUGACCUUGAGUGCAAUCAACAAGACCUUUGGAACAUUUUGGGCGUUGUCGGUUCAAACUUUUAUCUUAUUAGUGGGGACGAUUUUAACCGGUUUUACCCCGAAUAUACUCAGAAGACAAGAGGCGUUCAAGAAGAACGUGCAGUUUGAAAAAGUGCCACAGGACAGGCAAUAGAAGGAUAAAGUAUAGUGUAUGUAAUGGUUUGUAAAUAUUUACUAAGACUGUAGGUGUGUGUAACUUCUAUGAUUUUAUACAAUUUAAGAUAACUUUCCGAUGGUUUAUUACUACGUUCUCAGGAAAAUAAACAUUUAAAUAUUAAUGUUAUGUUAAGCAAAAAUAAAUUAUAGCCCAAUAUAUUAUCUCUAAAAAAGUACAACUACAUUGUAGUAGAUAAAACGUUUCGUUAAUAAAAUUGUA